CAUCAACAUGAAUACAUGAUCGUGCUGGUUUCCAAGUGUGAAUCCGAGAAGAAACUUCCACAUUUUUUCUCUCUCUCGAAGAUAUCCAAAAAUCUCAUAAGAAAAACAGAAAAAAAAAUUAACUUUUUGACUAACCAGUAGAGAGAGAAAGACAGCAAGUUAGGUUGACUAUUACACACACCCAUUUGAUCAAAGAAGUCUAAGCUGUUGAAAAAUUCAACUCUUUCAAUUUCCUCAAUAUCAUCAUUCCUUUCCUUCUUCAAUCUAUGCUUCUUCCUCUUUCCCAAUUUCAAACCCUGAAACAAAACACAGAACCCUUGAUCGAAACAAAAGGAGUUCUCUUUCAAUCAACCAAAAAACAUAAGAAAUGAAGAAAGAACCAACUCAUCUCCAUCCUCUGUAUCUUCCAUGUCUCUUGAUGUUUCUUCUUUCAUCACUCCGUCCAAUCACCGGAGACGCAAGGGCUCGAACCGUUAAAGUCAAUUGCUCACCACUCCCGGAGCACAACGAAACCGUCUACGUCCCCAAUUUCGUAGCCACAAUGGAGAAAAUCAGCCAACAAGUUCAAACCAGCGGUUUCGGAGUCGCUCUCACCGGUUCAGGACCAGACGCUAACUACGGUCUCGCUCAGUGCUACGGAGACCUCCCUUUAAACGACUGUGUCCUCUGCUACGCAGAAGCAAGAACGAUUCUUCCACAGUGUUAUCCUCAAAACGGAGGUCGAAUCUUCCUCGACGGUUGUUUCAUGAGAGCUGAGAACUACAGCUUCUACAACGAAUUCAAAGGACCUGAAGAUAGCGUCGUGUGUGGGAACACGACGAGAAAGAAGUCGACUUUCGGGGACGCCGUGAGACAAGUGCUGAGGAAAGCUGUUGGUGAGGCUCCUGGGAAUGGAGGGUACGCUCGUGCGUCUGCAAACGCUGGUGAAUCUGAAGAAUCUGCGUUUGUGUUGGCGAAUUGCUGGAGAAACUUGAGUCCUGAGUCUUGUAAACAGUGUUUGGAGAAUGCUUCUGCUUCUGUGGUUAAUGAGUGCUUGCCAUGGUCAGAGGGACGUGCGCUUCACACUGGAUGUUUUCUUAGGUACUCUGAUCAAGAUUUCUUGAAUAAGAUACCAAGAAACGGAAGAUCCAGAGGCUCUGUAGUAGUGAUUGUGGUCUCUGUUCUUAGCUCUGUGGUUGUCUUCAUGGUUGGAAUAGCAAUAGGAGUUUAUAUCUGCAAACACCGAACCAUACAGAAGAAGAGAAGAGGACCAAAUGAUGUCGAAAAAAUGGCCAAAACGCUAACGGACAGUAGCUUGAACUUCAAAUACUCGACAUUGGAGAAGGCCACAGGAUCAUUUGACAGCGCGAACAAGCUUGGACAAGGUGGAUUUGGAACUGUCUAUAAGGGGGUUCUUCCUGAUGGACGAGACAUUGCUGUGAAACGGUUAUUCUUCAACAACAGACACAGAGCAGCAGAUUUCUACAAUGAAGUAAACAUUAUCAGCAGUGUUGAACAUAAGAACCUUGUCAGGCUGCUUGGUUGCAACUGCUCAGGACCAGAGAGUCUCCUCGUCUAUGAAUACCUUCAGAACAAGAGCCUUGAUCGAUUCAUCUUCGAUGUUAACAGAGGCAAAACGCUAGACUGGCAGAGACGAUAUGUGAUCAUUGUUGGAACCGCUGAAGGGUUGGUGUAUUUGCACGAGCAGUCGACUGUGAGAAUUAUCCACAGAGACAUUAAAGCAAGCAAUAUCCUGCUAGAUUCAAAGCUUCAAGCUAAAAUCGCUGACUUUGGCCUGGCUAGAUCUUUCCAGGAGGAUAAGAGCCAUAUCAGCACUGCCAUUGCAGGGACCUUGGGUUAUAUGGCUCCGGAGUACUUGGCACAUGGUCAGCUAACAGAGAAAGUCGAUGUCUACAGCUUCGGAGUUCUUGUGCUAGAGAUUGUAACUGGAAAGCAGAACACCAAAAGCAAAAUGUCAGAUUACUCAGACAGUUUGAUUACAGAAGCAUGGAAGCAUUUUCAAUCAGGAGAGUUAGAGGAAAUAUAUGAUCCAAACCUGAACUGGAAGAAUCAAAAUGACAGUAUCUCUAUCAAAAAGGAGAUAGUGAGGGUUGUUCAAAUAGGUCUCUUGUGCACUCAAGAAAUCGCAUCGCUAAGACCAUCCAUGUCAAAGGUGUUGCGGAUGCUAAAGAACAAAGAUGAAAACUUGCCGUUGCCAAGUAAUCCUCCGUUUAUGGAUGAAAGAAUCAUGGAGUUCCGAGAUGGUUCUGAUGGAGAUUCAGCUGCUUGUGCAUCUCUUGCCACUAUCGCGCAAAGUUCCUUUUAUGGUAGAUGAUGAGCCUUUGAAAGAAUGGUACUAUAAGAACAACUAAAAGCACAAAAAUCAAAACUUUUUGUAUAAAACCAGUGAGAGAAGCUAUAGCUAGUAUAGAUAUAUAGAUGUGAAAUUGAGUAAUCUGUAUAACGUAUGAAGAUAUGCAAUGGCGAUAGUGAGUUCAUUUGUGUAA